AUGGCCGUAAGGGAGGUCUCCAAUUCAGGUCUCAUCUGGACCUUGGUGGCCGUCGUCGCCCUGGUCCUGAAUGCAGAGUUGCUUGUCUUGACCUUUCCAUGGACUACGUCCGACAGGACUGGAGAGCCUCACACAUUCCCACCAACAUAUUCAGCGGCGCAUGGCAUGGGCUCUGGUACCGACGCAACCCCUGAGCGGAAUGGAAAUGUGACCUACUCCAUUUCGAUGUAUCAUGCGCUGAAUUGUUUGGCGACAAUCCGAGACGAAAUGUACCACGGCAAUGUAGCACAAGUGGAUGGGUCAGAUGACUCCACCAGCAACUGCUUCGAGUAUAUUCGGCAAAGCAUCAUGUGCGCAGCAGAUCUGACUCUAGAGGAGGGCGAUGGCUGGGGCCAGAUGCACAUGUGCAAGGACCAGAACGAGGUUAUGAGCUUUGUGGGGGAGUGGAAUCCAUAUCUUCGUGAACAGCAUAGAUAG